CCAUCACUUUCAUUUUGGCUCUCUUUAUAACACAUCCAAUAUAGUCAUAACCAUACAGAACCCACCCACCAAAACAUAAAAACUCUUAGAUAUGCUUUUAUAAACCAUCAUCACAGACCAGACCCUUCUCAUAAAACCUUUCACAACUUUUUUCUGCUCAUCUCAAAAUCCCCCAUCUAAUAAUCCAGCAAAAUUCACUUCCUUUCCAGUCGUUUUCUUUGCUUUUAAUUUCACAGAAAAAAAAAAAAAAACUGCAAAAAAUAUGUCCAAAGUGAAGGGCAAAGAAGAGGGAAAACUCAGAAGGAUAAGAAAGUGCGUUGUUAGGAUGUUGACCAAGCUGAGGGACUCAUACAUGCAGGGCAUGGCGGAGUGCUCUGGAAAGUUUGACUAUGGAGCUGCCAUGGCGUGUCCAACUGUACCUGUAGCAAAUAUUCCAAGGAGUUACAGUGUCUCAUCCACCAAAUCGAAUAAUUAUGAAAAUGAAGAUUUCAGAGAACUCGUUAGGGCUGCUUCCACAAAGAGUUUAAGAGGAAAAGUUGAAGCAGAUCUUCUUAGUAAACAGAGGAAUUCUCCAUUAAUGGCUGGAGGAGGAGUACCCAAUAACAUGCCCAGAAGUUGCAGUGUUGGUUUUGGUCCUAUUGGAAGGAUUGAUGAAGACAGUCCUUGUGAAUUUCAAGGAGAUUUUAAGGUUAAGACAGAUUUAUACCCUCGGAGCAGAAGCUAUGCUACCUCUAAGAGAAGCAUUAAUGCUUUUUGAGCAUAAGUUGCAGGUUUCUGUCUUUGUCUUCUAUUUUUCUCAAGAUUGAUUACUCUGUCUUAAUUUGUUUCCAUUGUUGCUUAAAAAUUUUAGAGUGUUUUUCUUUUUUUUUUUUUUGGAUUGAAAUACUGAUGCUGAUAGGAAUUAUUCAAAUAUUUGACCAAAAAUAUUUGAACCGUAUAUGUUUUCACAAAAAGAAAUAUGAUAAUAUUUAUGUGUCCAUCAAUUCUGUAUGUAUAUAUAUAGAAGUGUAUUUUUGGCAUUUAAUCGGUAUAAUGCUUCAAUUUUCUUUUGGUAUGUUUCCUUGAGAUUCCCAGAUUUUGAAAUGAAUGUUAUUAUUAUUUAUAUCAUAAUCUAUAGCCUGAAAAAAAAAAAAAAUGGUGUUAAUGCAGUUGAUUUACUCAACUAGUACAUGA